AUGUUUCUGCGAGCUCCAUCUGCAGACCGAGCUCACAGAAACAUUCUCCUCAUAAAGCUGUUCAUGCCAGACACUGAAGUGCUACAGAAGCAGAGCGGUGGGUUAGCAGGUAGACAGUGUACAGCCUCUACACACAGAGAUGCAGGUUUCUGCAGCUGUGUCCCACUUAGUAUACAAGGAUGUUAUCUACCACAACCUAUGAAUACAUUUCAUAAUGAUACUGAUGUAAUAUUUCCUUUCCAGCGUUCCAUUUUAUUGAAAACCAUCUGCAUCAUGAUAGGGAUCGUCCUUGCUUUCACCAUUGCCAAUCACCAACUUGGCCCAAGGAAUUGCCUGCUCAGCCAAUCAAUAACUGCAGGUGGUCACUGCUAUGGCAAAUCAUUGUUAAAAACGGGCAUUUCCUAUGUGACUAGAGGAGACCAGGAAUUGGGAAACAAGAGUGACAAGUCACCAUCAGAACUUGAGCAGUGGCGGCUUGGGCAGGUAGUACUACUACUCCUAGCAGACUAUUCCAUGAUGGGAGUAGUAGUACCUGUACUAAUAGACAGAUCGCUGAAACCCAUUUCGAUCCUCCUAUACACAAUCCUUCAGUUCUCUGAAGGUGUUGAGUCCACCACUUGA